AUGGAUUUCACAACUGUCAUUGCCCCCACCGUCAUCACUGCUGCCAACGCACACAACUACGGGACAAAGCCUCGUAAUUUGAAUGAGGAUCUCCAUCCCAAACAACGAGCGUUCAUGAACAAAAUUUUUGGUGAGACGGAAGAAGUGGUUGUUGGAGUGACCGAUCCAAGGGCACUACGACGACAAGCCGCACCAAAGGUGAAGAUCUCACUGCGAAGACGCAUCACCGACGGCCUCAACGCUCCCUUUGAGUACGAAAUGACGGAAGCUGCCAGAGUUGUAUUGUAA